AUGGAGGUCGUCGCCUCUCCAUCUCAAUCCACGAUGGUCUCCCCAGGGGCCCGCCAUGGAGGUUGCCGCCUCUCCUGUCUCGAUCCGUCUGCCGCCGGAUCCACGGCGGAGCAGCCGAGAUCCGCCGCCCGUUACGCGACGCCUCGGCCUGCCAAGGCCAGCGCCGAGGCCGACAAGGCGCGCAGGAAGGCCAAGGCCCUCACCAAGCAGCGGGAGGACUUGCGGGCUAGGCUCGCCUACCGCAAGCGCACCCGCAAGCUCACCUCCAUGCCGGCCAAGGCCACCGCCGCGACGCUAGUUUUUUUUUAA